UGGCGGCGGCGGCGGCGGCGGCGGCGAGGCGGGGACGGACCAGCAGCUGCGGGCGGAGCCAUGGCCAACAUCGCGGUGCAGCGAAUCAAGCGCGAGUUCAAGGAGGUGCUGAAGAGCGAGGAGACGAGCAAAAAUCAAAUUAAAGUAGAUCUUGUAGAUGAGAAUUUUACUGAAUUAAGAGGAGAAAUAGCAGGACCUCCAGACACACCAUAUGAAGGAGGAAGAUAUCAACUGGAGAUAAAAAUUCCAGAAACAUAUCCAUUUAAUCCCCCUAAGGUCCGGUUUAUCACUAAAAUAUGGCAUCCUAAUAUUAGUUCCGUCACAGGGGCCAUUUGUUUGGAUAUCCUGAAAGAUCAAUGGGCAGCAGCAAUGACUCUUCGCACCGUAUUAUUGUCAUUGCAAGCACUGUUAGCAGCUGCAGAACCAGAUGAUCCUCAAGAUGCAGUGGUAGCAAAUCAAUACAAACAAAAUCCUGAAAUGUUUAAACAGACAGCUCGGCUUUGGGCACAUGUGUAUGCUGGAGCACCAGUUUCUAGUCCAGAAUAUACAAAAAAAAUAGAAAAUCUAUGUGCUAUGGGCUUUGAUAGGAAUGCAGUAAUAGUGGCCUUGUCUUCAAAAUCAUGGGAUGUAGAGACUGCGACAGAAUUGCUUCUGAGUAACUGAGGCAUUGAGAGCUGCUAAAAGUCAAACUUGCCUCUUCUUGAGGAGCUUCACCAUCUGUUAUUUUUAGGAUUCUGCAUAGAUUUCUUUAAACUGGCAUUCUUGCCUAAUGAUGUUACCUGGGCACCAUUGGAGACUGAAAAAAAUACUGCUCUGUAAAUAAAGCUAAUUAAAUGUCUGUGUAAAUUUAAAAA